AAAAAGAAGAAGAAGGAACUCAUCUUCUGUUUCAUUUUCACCCGGACAAUAUUAGCUGCAACACCAAACAAAUUGUCAAUUUUAACACGUGCGGGACUUAUUCUGAAUGUAUGCGCGGUGUAUAAACAUUAAGAUCUUAUCAAUAUAAAUUAAAACGCAUACACCGAGACAGGAUGGUGGGGAAAAUUAAACGGGCCCGGCAGAAGCUCCACCACGGCGCUGUAAAGCUGGAAAAUGAGGCCGAAAACAAACCCAUGCUUGGGGGGAAUCUGAAGACGAUACAGAUCAAGCCCAUUCAGCUCAUUAAAACAGAUUCAAAAGAGACCAAACUCAACGCCUCUGACAGCAGUAUAAACAGUAAUUCAAAGGCGUUCAGUUUUCCCACUGGAGUUUUUGCUGGAACUAAAAUCUCCCCUGAGUCUUUAGUUCAAACGCUGAAGGUUGAUGAACCAAAUGUGACCAUAAGCAAACAGUCUGCAGGAGAACAGAAAGGCACAGGGGAAAAGAAACAACAGUCGAAGAAAGAAAAAAUGAAGGAGCGCAGGGAAAGAUGGCUUAACAAGAUCAGUGCGAUCAAACUGGCGCGUGAGCAGCAGGUGGCGCAGGCGCGGAGGAAGGCCACGCCCGUGGUGGGCGACAUGAGACCGCUGGCCGACGCCCUUCCUGAACUCUCCCAGCUCCUCCCGCCUCUCACACAGCGGAAAAACAAAGCGUACGAGACAGAAGCAUCUCACUUCAGCGAAGCCAUGAAAAAUCUCAUCUUCAAGACCAACCCUUUAGCUGCGAUUGGUGAACACCUGCGAAAACGACUCAAACAGGAAGACGAACAGAGUUAAUCGCCACUCUGCAGCGCCGCCCUGUUGGUAGACUUAAAGAACUGUAUUUUAUUAUAUGCUGGUACAUCAAAACAAGCAAAUGCAGUCAAACUGGUUUUAUACUUCAUAAUAGUACAUGAAAACGAAGAGGAGUCCCGAGAUUUGCAUAACUUGCUAUAUCUGACACCGCAUUAACACUAUGACGGAAACGGUUUAUCGCAGUUUCUCUGUGUAAUUUCGUGAAUGAGUUUGUGCAAAACGAAUUGCUUUAAUGAUCAUGUUACCAGAUAUUUAAUGUGUUUUUGCUCUUGGUAAGAUAAAAAUAAAUC